AUGAACGAAAAGAAGGAACUCACCAUAGCCAACCUGUUCACAGCGAACAGGAGCAGCGGCGGGAGGGGAAGCCAAAGCGAUGGGCGCACAGGUGGAGACGACAAAAGGGUUAUCAUAGAUCGGGAGAAAAAGAAAUCCAUAUGGUCUCUAUUCACCCAGGUGGGUGCAUCCACGGGGGAUGCAAGAAAAAGAAGUGAAGAUGGAGGUGUUGGCGUCGAUGAUGAAGGUGGCGAAAGCCCACUCGUAGACGUGUUUUUCACCCCAAGGAAUGUGCCGAACGGAAAGAAGGAGAAGGAAGAAGCGGAAGACAGCCGGGGAAAUUGUCAUCCCGAUGGUUGUCAUGAUAGGCGCGAAGAUUACCCACGUGUUCCCAGCGGGGCCAAGCCCAGCCUGUUCAGAAAAGUACACGAAAAUCAGGACAUCAAAAAAGAAAUAGAAAACAUAACUAGCAGUUUCAAACGGAAGAACAACAUUUUACUUGAUGAUAAAACUGAAGACAGUGUACUGAAUAGUAUUAUUUCCAGGAAGAGGACAAAAAUGAACAUCGAGGGAAGCCAUCUGGCGGCCUGUUUCACCCCCCCCGCGACAAGCUCCUCUGCGUCAUACAACGCAUACAAGGAAUUCUUUGCAAUGGGAGCUUCUAGCAAAUAUGGGGAGGAAGGAAAGAAAGUGAUCGAUAAGAAGACUCUCCUGGAUGAUUUAGCGCAGAAUAAAAUUAGAUACCAAAUUAAGGAUGAUAAUGUGCUUAGCCGGAUGAAGGGGGAGAAACAGGCAAACCAAAUAAAUCAAACCAAGCACGUAAACGAGGCGAACUGUACAGACCAAACAAAGGCGGACGAGAAGAAAACAUACACAUGCGUGUUGAAGAAAAAAAACGUGUGUGUGCCAGUAAACAGGGUAAACGAAAAUAAUCAUCAAAAUGUAAUAAAAAUGAGGAAGGCACACCAAAUAUUAUUUAAGAAGGAUAAUUUUGAUAUUUUCCAUCACCUGGGAGAUGACCUAUUUAGGUACAUCAUUUCGAAUGUAAAAAAUAAAAAAAAUCUCCUUCUCUUGAAUAGGAGAUUUAGAGACAUCGUUCGUUGCCUCAGAGUUAAACUCAUCUAUGAUGUAACAUUAAAAAAUACAAUUCCACCAGAAAGUAUUAUAAAAACAGUGUACACAUCAGACAAUCUCCAGGUCUUGGACCUCUCAGGAUGUUCUCAUCUCACUUCUCACCAUUUUCAUUUAUUCUGUAAUUCUCAUAAUAUCAAGUUUGACAAAACCUUAAAAAUAUUGUGCUUAAAUGGGUGCAACAAAAUUACCGACUCAAGUUUGAAGGAUCUUCUCCAUCGGUUUAAAUAUCUGUCCAUUGUUGACGUUCGUAAUUGCUAUAAGAUUAGUCAUGAUGGAAUUUACCCCUUAAAGUUCAAGACUGGUUUAGUGAAAUUAUACCUUGGCAAUACGACCUCCUCUACAGUAUCCAAUUAUCAUUCCGAUGAUACGCUACGUGUACUCUUCACCUGUGUGCUUCCUUCAUCGGGCGAAUCUGCUACGAAAGGGGCUGACCUGAGUUCGCAUAUUACUACCCCUCUUAAGUCACUUUCCUGCUUCGAAAUUACCAAUGCGAAAGAGCUAAGCGACAUUUCGUACCUCUACGCCAUUUCGAAGAACCUCAAGGUGCUUAACCUCCGAGGGUGCAACAUUAAUGACACGGUGGCCAUCUUUUUCAAGUGCUUUACUAACCUCAUCGCUUUGAAUGUAGCAGACACAAAGGUAUCAAAUGAGGUGAUAAAAACCGUCUGUGCUCAUUCACCAAAGAUGAGGAUCCUCGAUAUUUCCAAAACGAUAGAUGUCCAUAACGACACCAUCUUGACCGUUGCGAGAAAUCUCAAGCGCCUCCGAAAGAUUAAGCUGUCUUCCUUGCAAAACGUAGACAAUUUCUCCGUUCGGGAAUUCCUCAAACAUUGCAGAGGCCUCGUAGCAAUUGAUUUCUCCAACUGCUGGAAAGUUAACAACUCCUUUUGUAACGUGAACGGAUUGGACGUUCCAUCAGGACCGAAGCUGACGGAUGUGGGUGUCUACCAGUGCUCAGUCGACCGCAGGGUCUGCGAAGGGGCCCUCACGGAAGUUGGCUGUUCCUCCGUGCGCGUGCACAUAUACAAUGAGCUGAAAAUAUUUGAGACAUCCAUUUAUGCGGACAUGGACACAUUGGAUCAGAGCGAAUGA